AUGUCUGAACAUUCAGUAUCUCAAUCCCAGUCUCACACAAACAACCCUCUCCAACACAACGAUCCUCAUCCAACGCCGCGGGCACUCAGGAUUGGACGUCACCACGACUGGUCAAUGGAUCCUAUAGACCUUGAGGAGAUUCGGGAAACCCUGGUUCGCGAAACUCGUGGCCAUUACAUCGUCUCGUCGGACCCGGUGGAAUUUAUGAACAAGUUCCUCCCAUUCAACGACAGUGAAGACGAGGCCUCUCAAAAGUUCAGAUCGCAGAAGCUCUCGAAAGCUCGCAUCAAAAAUCUCAAAAAGAUGGGCAACGCGAAAACCGAGAAACAAAUGUACGGUCAUUUCGGGAAGGCAACGUCUAAGUGGCCCGUCGCCUACCGUGACAAUCAUCGUAAGCUCAACUUCAACGACACACAUGAUUACCGCGACACCGCCAGCGGCCUCGGACCUGAUUACACCAUCGACGGCGAAGAGCUUUUACCACGUCGUACGAAGUUGAAGGUCGACUUUGCCAACUUGCUCAGCUUCGUCGAGUUCAAAUUGAGUGCGCUCAUGGACGCAUUUAUUGACGUCGAUGGUAAAGAAUACGAGAAGGAGAAGACAGAUUCAGGAAACAAGGACGGGAACGAGGAAGAGGACAGCGUGCACGAGGAGGACGCAGAAGCCGAACAGAACAACUCUGAGCCCGCAGGCCUUGAAGAGCCCUUCAUCGCUGAGGAUGAACGUCCCAGCGAACGCAAGCCAGAAGAUCUCUUAGAGGCCCUGAAGCAUCCCCCGACAGAGCUGGUUCCCUGUGAGAAAUACCAUGCUGAAAAUGAUACCAAUGCAGGCCGAGAUACCCGAGGCCAGAUUGCCAGUUACGCAGGAGUCGCCAUGGCCAUGCAGUUCCGCAGUCACUUGUUCAGUGUCCUCAUCUGCGGCAAGUAUGCACGAUUCAUUCGCUGGGAUCGCUCUUGUGCGAUUGUCUCUCGGCGCUUCGAUUAUACUGUCUAUCCCGAACUCUUAUUCGACUUCUACCUCCGCUUCGCUCAACUCACGAAUUCUCAACGGGGCCUCCUCCCCGGCUUCUCGACACUCAGCAAUGAAGAAGGCCUGAUCGCAGUUGAGGCCCUCAAGAAGUAUGCUGACGAUACAUAUGCGGGAGCUGCUGCAGAUGAAUACAAGAAAGAGAUCACGCCUGAUCGCCUUCCACUCCUCUGCAUGGAUUUCGAAGGAGAACGUUAUGCGGUACCCAUGCGUCGUUUCGACGGUGGCUCGUACUCUCCAUUUGGUCGUAUGACUCGGAACCGCGUGGUCGUCCUCCUCGAGCCAGAGCCCCGAGUGAUGUUCUUCAAGGACUACUGGCGCGAGUACUCCGAGUAUGCCGAACCAGAGGCUGAGGUCUAUCGCCUCAUAUCCGGGGACAAAGAACUGUCCAAAUGCCGUUACCUUGCGAAGAUGCAUGCUGGUGGAGAUCUCAAAGCGAACAACCGUGCAAUUACUACCAUUGGUGACACUCACACGACCUUUGGAGUGGGUUGUGAGAAGCUGAAAUUGAGGCCACUGACGGCCCAUUUCAUCGUUCUUGAAACGGUCGGUCGUGAUUUGAGUUUAUUCCGAACUGCGCGAGACCUGGUCUCAUGUAUAGCCGACGCCAUGGAAGCGCACCAACUCGUGUAUGAUAAACUUCAUAUUCUCCAUCGUGACAUCAGCGCAGGAAAUAUACUCCUCUCUGCGCUCGAUAGCAAGGAAGCCCGCCACGGUAUUCUCAUUGACUGGGAUCACUGCAUCUUCAUGAACAAAUUGUCCAAGGGUAGGCCAACACGAGUGACUCGGACUGGCACAUGGCAGUUCAUGUCGGCGAACUUGACGAUGAAUCCAGCGACAGCAUCUCAUUGCAUUCUCGACGACCGCGAAUCAGCACUCCACGUACUGAUGUACAUGGCGAUACGAUAUCUUCAUCACGAUCAAAACGAUCCCACAGAGCUUCGCGUUCACUUAAAUAUGUUCGAUGAAUAUGUCGUUCAUGGCGACCGUCCCGCAAGAGGCACGCAAGUAAAAAUGGCAACCAUCACUUCCAAUGGACCACACAUCGAGUUCGACAUCGAUGCCAUCAAAGACCUCAUCACUGAGCUUUGUGUAUACUUUGCAGCUCGGUAUAAUCCUCCACGUCGACGCCGGACAGUUUUCAACGCGAAAGCCGCCGAAGUAGCCGAAGACGCUGCCCGUGAAGCACAGCAUUACUCGUCUCGACUGGAGGCUCUCAAUAAACCAAGUUGGCUGUAUUCUCUUUUACGCGAAUUCAUUGAAUUCAUACCUGAGCGCCUCCCACACGAAACGGACUGGAUCAACAACACCGCCAUCCUUCGUGAGGCUCCCAAGAAUACUAACGGAAAGCGCGGACCGCCCAACGAGCAAUGGGAUGUGGGAAGGGUUUCAAAGUAA